CUGGCUGGCCUGGGCCCUGAGGGAGGCCAGCCCCGAGGGUAGAAGUCUGCCGCCCUCAGAGAAGGGUCCAGCUGGACCGGAGAGCGGGGCGCUGAGGUCCAGCACGCAGGGUGGGCCCCGGGGGGCCUGAGGCAGGACAGGAAGUCCGCCCUGAGGAGCAGGGGCCCCUCCGACCGCCGCUCCGCUGGGCAGGGCGUGGGUGAAGGCCUGCACCCUGGAGACGCGGGAGGGGGAGCCACAGGCAGGUGUGCCCAGGCCUGCAGUGAGGGUUUCAGGAGAUGGACAGGGGAAAGUGCAGUCUCUCCAGGGAGGGUGAUGGGGAGAAACGACAAGCUCCCCUGGGUGGAGAAUGGGAGAAAGGACAAAGUGGAUCAAGUGUUUGGAGAAAAUAAUCACCCUUACCCAGAAUCUCCUAAUCCUGAAACUGUCCCCCAAGAGGUUCCCAGGACAGCAAAAUUACCCCCUCUUCUAGUCCUCUCCUUCUGAGGACUCUCAGCUUUAGGCCAUAAAUCUGUAGGUGAUGUCAGAGACUCUUCACCUUUGAUAAUUUUAUUCUCCCAGGAGCCACCUGAUAUGACAGUGUUAUUAACCUAUUUAGUGAGGAAGUAGAGUCAGCACUGUUUAGGUAUUUGCCCAAGGUCACAUGGAGGAGCCAAGGCAAGAAUCCAAGUCUCUUGGGGCCUGAUCCUGAGGUCUUCCAAAGGAUAACUAGCCUUUCUGCCAGGAAAAGCAAGAUUUUCUAUUAUAAAGCCACUUUCUCCAAAAUCUUCAGGAAAUUAAUUCCUCAGACUUGUGAUCUAGGGAGGAAUAUAAGACAAUUUCCCUUUAUUAAUCAAGGAGGUUUCUGAGACACAGCUGAGUUGUCACUUGUUGAAGAUGUCACAGCAUGUGGAGAGGCAGAGCUGUCAAUUUUACCCACUUAUUCUGUCCAAACUAUUUGCUGGACUCCCCAGGGACAGAGUCCAACCCCAGGCAGCAUGUGCCAUGUACCUUCCACUGACUUUUGGUGGAUGUGCACUUGUUGAGCAGUAACACCUUGAACUUCCAAAUGAAGGUCCCGUAGCAUCCCGGCUCUCUGAUAGGGGAUUCCUUUGUAGCUUGUACUCCAAAUUGGAGCUGAGUCCUCCAAAUGAGAGUUUAAAAUGUUUCCCCAGUCAUCACAGCAUGUAGCAAAAUGUGCAGUUGUCAAGAAGACCAGGUGCUUAGGUUAACAAAACAAUUGUAGCAUCACACUGCUAUUUCAUGAAAUCAAGAGGCCAGCAUUUUGAUGAGACAUAUUAGAGGGAUUAUACAUUGAACCACUCCAUAAAUAAAGUGUAAGAAUUCGGUAAUUAGGUCCUAAAGUAAGAAGAGAAUAUUCUAAAAAAAACAAGUAGAAAAAGAUAAUAUGGAGCAAGAGGAUUCCUAGGAUCUGGAAGUGUAGUAAAGUCUGGUCAAGCCCUGUCUCAUUCUGUUCCAUUUUAUAAGAAUUCUCAACAGCUCUUUAGUGGUGAGGAACUAGAGAACUGUCUAGUGUAAGGGCAUAGGCUUUGGAUCUGGAAAGUCUUGGAUUUGAACCUUUGCUUCACCUCGACUCCUUACUGGCUCAGAGAAUUUGGGCAAGUUACUUACCCUAGUUGGUGUGCCUGUGGCUUGCUUUUGGAGUCUGAAGUAGGUCUUCCUUUUCCAAGAAUUGACAAGCAUUUUGACUUCCUCAGAACUCGUAUUCUCAUAUCUUAAAGAGGAGAGGAGUGGGUCUGGAUCUGGAGCCUCCUAAGAUUGCUAAAAGGUAACAUAUGAAAUCUCUUGUUCUGUCCUUAUAACUGAGGGGGGAACUGGAGAGGAGAGCUGGAGCCAUUUCCAUUGUAGAACCAAUCAUGAAGGCUGAAAUGUUGGGUUUUUUAGAUUCUGAAUUCCUUUGGAGGCUUGGAGGAUAAAAUAGCAGGUGGUUAGGUGGGGGAAGAAAGUGAAAGAUCCCAAUCACAUGCCAAGGCUAAGGUACAAACAGGAGUGGCUGUUAUCUUGGGGUUGGCAGAAAGAGACAUGUUUACUGUAUGUGUUCUCUGCUUUCCCACCUCCCCCUUCCUCCUGGACUCAUUUAUGUGUGGUCAUGGAACCUUUCAGCCCAUUUUGCAGUUACAUUAUAGGUGACUGAUGUUACAUCAGGCAAUCCAGAUUUCCUCCAUUUACUCGUACCCCAAACUACAGCUCCUGUUGACUUUAUCCUUCUCACUUAUCAAUUCUUCUGCCCUUUCCUGUUUGUUUUUGUUGUUCUGUUUUGUUUUUGUUUGUUUGUUUUUUCCUCCUCAGGUGCUCAAGCACAGCCCAUGGAAGAAGCAUGUGAAGAGGUGGUGAUUAAGGUCAUAUAGCAGGAGUGGACAUGUUUGGAUUUCCAACAGCUACCCUGCUGGACUGUCAUGGAAGAUAUGCCCAGAAUGUAGCAUUUUUCAAUGUGAUGACAGAAUCCCACCACAAAUAUGAUCACUCUGAGGCCACAGGAUCUUCAAGCUGGGAUUUUCAGAAUUCUUUCAGAAGAGAGAAGCUGGAACAAAAAUCCCCAGAUUCUAAGGCACUAGAGGAAGAUUCGCCUGGAGUGAGACAGAGGGUCUAUGAGUGCCAGGAAUGUGGAAAAUCCUUCAGGCAGAAGGGUAGUCUAACAUUACAUGAGAGAAUCCACACUGGUCAAAAGCCCUUUGAGUGUACCCACUGUGGAAAAAGCUUCAGGGCCAAAGGCAAUCUUGUUACACAUCAGCGAAUACACACAGGAGAGAAGCCCUAUCAGUGCAAGGAGUGUGGGAAAAGCUUUAGUCAACGAGGUAGUCUGGCCGUUCAUGAAAGACUCCAUACUGGGCAGAAACCCUAUGAGUGUGCCAUUUGUCAGAGAAGCUUCAGAAAUCAAAGUAACCUUGCUGUUCAUAGAAGAGUUCACAGUGGUGAGAAGCCCUAUAGAUGUGAUCAGUGUGGAAAAGCCUUCAGCCAGAAAGGAAGCUUAAUUGUUCACAUCAGAGUCCACACAGGCCUGAAACCCUAUGCCUGCGCACAAUGCAGGAAGAGUUUCCACACCAGGGGGAAUUGUCUCCUUCAUGGCAAAAUCCACACAGGAGAGACACCCUAUCUGUGUGGCCAGUGUGGGAAAAGCUUCACUCAGAGAGGGAGUCUGGCUGUGCACCAGCGAAGCUGCUCACAAAGGCUCACCCUAUGACCACUCUGUUCAAAGGAAGUUCUCUUUAUGAAUUGAGAGUCCAAAAUCCUCUGAGAUAAAGCAACCUAUCCAAUUCUAUGGAAUGAAUGGAGAUUCUUUCAGAAAGACCAUCAAUGGGUAGGGCAAACUGACUUUUCUCCUUUCCCUCAAAUGAGUAUGAAAAAUAAAUGUCUUGUUUAUUAUCAUUA